UUUCUUCUUUCUUCUUCUUCUUCUUCUACUUUUGAUAUGUUUUUCUUAGCUAUGUGGGUUGGUUUUUGAGUGGCUUAUUAGGAAGACUGAAGUGUGUUGUUGUGAUUGUAGUGAAUUUGAUUCUUUGUUUGCAUGUCAAAAUCAAAAUGGGGUAUAGUAUAGAAUAUAGUAGAUAGAUAGAAAGAAAGAACAAUUUUUUUGACUGAUAAGACAUGGCCCUUCUUCUGGGUUUUUGUCAUUUUUGACUGUUAUUCUGUUAUAUAUAUAUAUAGAUAUAAAUUCCCAAUUACAUUAAACUCAUUUUUUUGUAUCUUCUCACCACACCACUCACAAAAAGCUCUUGUCUUUCUUUCCUCUAUUCUUGGAUAUCCCUUAACUCUUACCUAUCUUUCUCAUUCAAAAAUACUCUCUUUAUUAAGAAAAAAAAGGUAAAAGUUAAUUAAAUUCUGAAUUUUUGGGGUUGUGGUGUGUUUGAGAAGAAUUCUAGUUAGUUAGGUAAACUUAGUGGGAAAAAGCUUUCUUCUCCUUUAGUACAGGAAAUGGUUGGUCUUGACUGUUUUCUUUUUCCAAGAGCUUUGUGAUUUGAUUACUGUUAAAGAAGGAACCAUUCUUAUUUUUUUACUGGCUCCUGGUGUACUGAAAGGAUACCUUAAGAAGUGUCUGAUGAACUACUCAUAAGGAGAGAAGGAGAAUAAAAAAGAUUCAGUAGUCAUGAAGUUUAUGAAGCUUGGAUCUCGCCCAGAUACUUUCUAUACUACUGAAGCUGUUAGGUCUAUUUCCUCUGAGGUUUCUAGUGAUCUUAUAAUUCAAGUCAAGGGAAGCAGAUAUUUGCUUCACAAGUUUCCUCUUCUGUCCAAGUGUUCUAGGCUUCAGAAGCUAUGUUCUGAAUCUCCCGAGUCAUCACAACACCAAAUAGUACAACUCCCUGAUUUCCCAGGUGGGGUUGAAGCAUUUGAGCUCUGUGCAAAGUUUUGUUAUGGUAUAACCAUAACACUUAGUGCAUACAACAUAGUGUCCACACGUUGUGCUGCUGAGUAUUUGCAGAUGACAGAAGAUGUUGAGAAAGGUAACCUUAUUUACAAGAUUGAAGUUUUCUUCAACUCUUGCAUCCUUAAUGGUUGGAGAGACUCAAUUGUGACACUACAAAGCACAAAAGCUUAUGCUUUGUGGUCAGAGGAACUUGAAAUUACAAGCAGAUGUAUUGAAGCAAUUGCUUCCAAGGUCUUAACUCACCCCUCAAAGGUGAGCCUUUCCCACAGUUACUCAAGGAGAGGUACUAGAGAUGAUGUGUCAUCAUGCAAUGGUGGUGGUGGUGGAGAGAGCCAAAGACAUAGGACAACAUCCAAAGGUUGGUGGGCUGAGGAUUUAGCAGAGUUGGAUAUAGACCUUUAUUGGAGAACUAUGAUAGCUAUUAAAUCAGGUGGAAAGAUCCCCACCAAUCUAAUUGGAGAUGCCUUGAAAAUUUAUGCUGCUAGAUGGUUACCAAACAUUCCUAGAAAUGGAUUUGUUCACAACAAGCAUGGAGAUUCCGAGUCUGAUUCUGAUUCUGAGUCAGCAAGUGAAGUAAACUCUAAGCAUAGAUUACUGUUGGAGUCUAUAGUGAGUCUACUUCCAGCAGAGAAAGGUGCUGUUUCUUGUAGUUUUCUCCUCAAACUUGUCAAGGCAGCCAAUCUUCUUAAUGCUUCUUCCUCUUCUAAAAUGGAAUUGGCAAAAAGGGUGGCACUCCAAUUAGAUGAAGCUACUGUCAGUGAUUUGUUAAUACCUUCUGGUUCUUACUUAAACGGCACACGUUAUGAUGUAGACAUAGUGAUGACUAUAUUGGAACAGUUCCUGUUACAGGGGCAGAGUCCUCCAACUAGUCCUCCCAGGUCUAAGUUUGGGUUUGAAAGGAGGAGGUCUCGUUCAGCUGAGAAUAUUGACUUUGAGUUUCAGGAGAGCAGGAGGUCUUCUUCUGCAUCACAUGGAUCAAAGUUGAAAGUGGCAAAGCUUGUGGAUGGUUAUCUUCAAGAGAUUGCUAGGGAAGUGAAUUUGUCACUCUCCAAGUUCAUUGUUAUUUCUGAGUCUAUACCUGAUUUUGCUAGGAUUGACCAUGAUGAUCUCUACAGAGCUAUUGACAUUUAUCUUAAGGCACACCCAGAUCUCAAUAAGAGUGAAAGAAAGAGAUUAUGUCGAAUUCUAGACUGCAAAAAACUAUCUAUGGAGGCUUGUAUGCACGCUGCACAAAACGAGUUACUCCCACUAAGAGUGGUGGUCCAAGUUUUAUUCUUUGAGCAAGCUAGAGCUGCUAUGGCAGGUGGUAAAGUGGCUGAACUACCUAGCAACAUAAAAGCACUUCUAGCCUCACAUGGAAUUGACCCAUCAAAGCCUCCACCACCAUUAAGUACCACAACCACCAUAGCAGGUGAUGAUCAAUGGAGUGUCUCUGGCCUUAAGUCACCAAGGUCCAAGAUCUCAACUUUAAGAAUGAAGUUGGCUGAAGAUGAUGGUUUAGAUGAAAAUUACAUCAACCCUGAUGGGACUGCAAGAAGCUCUAGGCUUAAAAAUACUAUAUGUGCUCUUCCCAGUAGACCCAAAAGAAUUUUCAGUAAGUUAUGGUCAGCCAGCAGAACUCCAAGUGAAAAAAAUUGAGUGAAUUUUCUUCUUUCUUUCCUGGCUGGGUAAUAUGGUAAUCAAAAGGGUAACAUAUACUCUGCUUUUUCUUUUUGGUUUCUUAUAAUUCAUGCAAAACUCAAUCCCAUGUAACUUGUAGUAGGAAGAAAAGAAAAAAAAAAGGAAUCCCAAUGCUCAUUAAUGUGAUCAAUGUAACCUAAAGUAAUAAGUAACAAGAUUUUCAGGAGUUGAGAUGGAAAAUCUCUUGCUGAAUCUUUAUUAGUUGUAAAUGACUAAUUGUGGGACCAAUUUUGUUGUGUUUGUCUAUAAAUCUGCAACACCUGUCUUUGUCUCUUA